AUGCGGGAGCGCAUCUGGGUGUCGCCGUCGCUGCUGCUGCUGCUGUUGCUCCUGCCACUGCUGUGGGGUAGCCCGCCGGACAGUUCGAGCCCGGAGCUGGAACCUGUUCCCGGGCCUCUGCAACCCUACGACCUGCUCUACGCCAGUGGCGUGGCCGCCUACUACACCGGGGACUACGCGAGCGCCGUGCGUGAUUUGGAAGCAGCGCUGCGCAGCCACCGGCGCCUGCGGGAAAUACACUCGCGUUGCUCCCGCCACUGCUCCGCGCGCCGCCCGCUUGCGCCACCCGGCGCCGGCCCCGGGGCCGAGCUGCCCUUUUUCCGCGCGGUGCUGGAAAGGGCUCGUUGUUACCGAAGCUGUGAGACUCAGCGCCUUGGGGGGCCGGUGUCCCGUCACCACGUGAGCGAAGACGUGCGCAGUGACUUCCAGCGCAGAGUGCCUUACAACUACCUGCAGCGGGCCUACAUCAAGCUUAACCAGCUGGAAAAGGCAGUGGAAGCAGCCCACACUUUCUUCAUGGCCAACCCUGAACACAUGGAAAUGCAGCAGGACAUCGAGAAUUACCUAACAAUGGCCGGUGUGGAAGCAUCCCAGGUGAUAGACCGAGAAGCCAGACCCCAUCUGGAGAGCUACAGUGCAGGAGUGAAACAUUAUGAGGCUGAUGAUUUUGAGCUGGCCAUCAAGUACUUUGAACAAGCUUUAAGAGAAUAUUUUAAUGAAGAUAUAGAGUGUCGAGCCCUGUGUGAGGGACCUCAGAGAUUUGAAGAAUAUGACUAUUUAGGGUAUAAAGCUGGCCUCUAUGAAGCUAUUGCCGAUCACUACAUACAGGUGCUGGUUUGUCAGCAUGAAUGUGUGAGAGAGCUGGCCACCCGCCCGGGCCGACUCUCCCCUAUUGAGAACUUCCUUCCUCUGCAUUAUGACUACCUGCAGUUUGCCUACUAUCGAGUGGGUGAAUAUGUGAAAGCUUUGGAAUGUGCCAAGGCCUAUCUUCUACUGCAUCCAGAUGAUGAGGAUGUCCUAGACAAUGUGGAUUACUACGAGAGUCUGCUGGAUGACAGCACUCACCCUGAUUCCAUUGAGGCCAGAGAGGAUUUGUCCAUGUUUGUAAAGCGUCAUCAAAUGGAAUCUGAACUGAUAAAAUCAGCUGCAAAAGGUCUGGGAUUCUCAUACACUGAGCCGAAUUAUUGGAACAGAUAUGGAGGACGGCAAGAUGAAAAUCGGGUCCCUUCAGGAGUCAAUGUGGAGGAGGCGGAAGUCCAUGGAUUAUCAAUGAGUAAAAAGUCAUCACCCAAGAUGGACAGAGACCUCCGAGAGGGUGGCCCUCUGCUCUACGAGAACAUCACAUUCGUCUACAACUCAGAGCAACUGAACGGGACCCAGCGAGUUCUCUUGGAUAACGUCCUGUCGAAAGAGCAGUGCCGGGAGCUUCACAGUGUGGCCAGUGGAAUUAUGCAUGUUGGCGAUGGAUAUAGAGGAAAGACUUCACCCCACACUCCCAAUGAGAAGUUUGAAGGUGCAACAGUACUAAAAGCACUGAAGUUUGGUUACGAAGGCCGUGUCCCACUGAAGAGUGCCCGUCUGUUCUAUGACAUCAGCGAGAAGGCUCGGAAGAUUGUUGAAUCCUAUUUCAUGCUGAACUCAACCCUGUAUUUUUCCUAUACACACAUGGUGUGCCGAACAGCCCUCUCUGGUCAGCAAGAUAGAAGGAAUGACCUCAGUCACCCCAUCCAUGCUGACAACUGUCUGCUGGAUCCAGAGGCGAAUGAAUGCUGGAAGGAGCCUCCUGCCUACACAUUUCGGGAUUAUAGCGCUCUCCUGUAUAUGAAUGACGACUUUGAAGGAGGAGAAUUCAUCUUCACAGAAAUGGAUGCCAAGACUGUGACGGCAUCCAUAAAACCAAAGUGUGGACGUAUGAUCAGCUUUUCAUCAGGCGGAGAGAACCCACAUGGCGUAAAGGCGGUCACCAAGGGUCAAAGGUGUGCAGUGGCCCUGUGGUUUACCCUGGACCCACUUUACAGAGAACUGGAGCGAAUAAAAGCUGAUGAAGUGAUCGCAAUUCUAGAUCGAGAACAGCGAGGGAAACAUGAACCGAAUAUCAACCCCAAAGAUGAGCUAUAAAAGCAGAAGAAUGUUCUAUCAAAUAUUUAUUUAAAUCGUUAAUCUUAUGAGAACUUUUUUAUUUUUGUACAGAGCCAUGGUAUAAAUUAACAGGUUAAUAUGAGUCAAAGAUCUCCCUUCUAUUCAUAAGAACGCUUGCUUUGCCUCUCUCAGUCUAUCUUUCUU